UUCUGUCAAUGGCUUUCAUUCUUGUUUAUUUAUUUUGAGCAUAAAAAUAUUUAUAAUAACAGUAAUUAUUUGCCAUGUCGUUAGUUGCAUAUGACGAUAGCAGUGAUGGCGACUCAGAAUAUGAGGAUAACAAGGAACCCGAAACGCUUACGACCAAGCCUUUGGCAGAAAGUGGCCAAAUAAGCGAUGAUGAUGAUGAAUAUUUGCACCAAUCGGAAGAGGAGCCAAGAAAAACAUUUUCUCUUUCCUUGCCAAAACCUCAUAAGGAAUCCACUAUUCAAGAAAUAGUGGGGCAGUUAUCGACGACAUUUUCUGCCUUACCAACCCCAAAAACGCUACAAACAGAUGCUGUAGAAGAAGAUGAUGAAUAUUUACAUAAAAAAGAUAAGUUUGUUAGUUCUGAAGUGAAACCACCGCCUAUAAAUAAGGGACCAGUAAAAAUAUCCAUACCCUCGCUAAAAGACUUUCAAGAUGUUCAGGAGGAGAGAAAAGAAAAGGCAAAAAUAAAUUCUGAUGUCAAGGGCAGAGACCUAUCGAAAGGUUCAGGUCUAUUGAGUAUACUACCUAAGGCGAAGUCAGAAAGAGAUUUCUCAAAAACGGAUUGUAAUCAACAAAAAGACAAUGUUGAUGUGCCCACAAAGACCUCUCACUUUACUUCAUCACUUGUUCCGGAUACAGUCAAGUAUCGACGUCCGGCUUACAGCACCGAAGGUAUUAACGAUGACGUUAAGCCAAUUAAGAAAAUAACUCCACAAAGAAAAUCGCACACUGCUGCCAUAAAAGAUGUCGAAGAAGAUGAGGACGAUGACAAAAAUGGGGUAAAGAAUGAAAAUGAUUUCUUUUCACUUAAUAAUGAUAACUUUAGUCUUCCCGACAUCUGCUCAAAUGAAAUUAACAUGAUGGUAGCUAAGAAGGCUGCUAAAAUAGCAGAAGCUUCCAAGAAUUAUCUAAAAGAGACAGAGAGUAAUUCUACAAUUGAGCAAGAAGUUGCAAACAGGAAUCAGCUUGAAUUAGAAGCAGCAAGAAAACGUUACCAAGAAAGCCAAUUAGACUCUGAAGCUACUCAAGCUCUAGUCGGUAGCAGUGCAAAGCGAAGAAAAAACCAUGGUGACGGAAUUCAAAUUGUCGAUAUAAAUAGCGAUCAGAUUUUGCCGGACCGAGAAGAAUGGAUGCGCAAUGCCUUGGCUUCCUCAACAACCUAUCAGCCCACUGGUGUAUUGGUAGACGAAGAACCGCAAGCUGGCACACGGCGCAAACAUCAAAUAACGUACUUGGCGCAUAAAGCAAAGGCGAACGAAGCUGAACUGCAAGCCAUGUGGGCAGCUAAUCGUCAAAAUAGAAGAGCUACACAGAGUAAAUACGGAUUCUAACAACGGCAUAAAAAUAAUAAACAAUGGCACGUAAAAUAAACCUCUUUAUUGUAUGAAAUAAAGUACUAUUUUUAAAAUGAUAA